AUGCACAAUGGGUGUGGAUUAGUUAGAGAGAGAGAGGAGAGAGAGGAGGAUGAGAGAGGAGAGAAGAGCGAGAGGAAGAGAGAGGAUGACGAGGAGGAGAGAGAGAGAGCGAGUGAGAGGAGAGGAGGAGAGAGAGACGGAGAGAGAGGAGAGAGAGAGAGAGAGAGAGAGAGAAGAGAGAGAGAGAGAGCACACCAGAACACACCAGGGAGUGAGUCAUGUGACCACCUCUUUCCGUCAGUUGAGACUGAAAGUGAGACAUUGUAUGACAUUCUCAUUCUAUGCCUCCUCUGAGCUUGGAAGGGAACAUUAUAGAGAUUUGUGCUCUGGGGGUUUGUCUUAUAUUUCUAAAGACAUACUGAGGCUUCCAGAUUCUAGGGUGUUUUGGCAAGGAGAUGUCAGUUAAUGGCAGUGGUAAUGGUCAAGAAAUAGAAAAGGCCAAAAUGGCCUGGGGGGCAGCCAAGCAAGGAUAAUUGUUCACCACAGGAGGUGUUAACCAUUCCGACCAUUCCCUGCUCUUCCAGCAAAUGUAUUUUCUUUACUUUUUUACGUGCGUAACUGUUCUCUCUCUGAGCAACACUUUUGCCACUCUCCAAGAGCAUCCUGGUGUUUUCUUCCCUCAGAUGAAAGCAGAGAUAGACCUUAUCACUGUUGAAGAGAGUGGCUCUAGUCAGACUGAGACCCAAUGAAGGGUGGUUAUGGGGCCUGUUAAAAUGCCCUCUCAUCUCCCCCUGUUGCUAAGAGCUUUAUUACUCAGUUCACGGGGGACAAGGAGUUCGACUGUUGCAGUUGUUAGUCUGGCUGGCCACAACAGGCUUGUUCAGUGAGUCAGCAAAAUAGUGUUUCUUGGCUUGGUAAUGCAUCUAUUAGACAACCUAUUAUGUUGUUGUUUGAUGAUACACUCUGCUGUUGAUUUGCAAUCAGAAUGACUUUAACUUUCAAGAAAAGUUAAUCUGUUAAUGUUAAUUUUAAUGUUCACAGUUCUAUGAUUUGCUUUGGAUAAAUUAUCAUAUUAUUUUUAUAUUCAGUUAAUUUCUUCACACCUUUGGCCCCUGCCUACAGUUACCAUAUUCAAGGAUAUACAGUGUAUUCCUGAAAGUAUUCAGACCCCUUGACUUUUUCCACAUUUUGUUACAUUACAGCCUUAUUCUAAAAUUGAUUAAAUAAUUUUUUCCCCCUCAACAAUCUACACACAAUAACCCACAAAGACAAAGCAAAAACUAUUUUUAGAUUUAUUUGCUAAAACCCCCAGAAAUAUCAAAUUUCCAUAAGUAUUCAGACCCUUUACUCAGUACUUUGUUGAAGCAUUUUUGGCAGUGAUUACAGCCUUGAGUCGUCUUGGGUAUGACGCUACAAGCUUGGCACACCUGUAUUUGGGGAGUUUCUCCCAUUAUUUUCUGCAGAUCCUCAAAAGCUCUGUCAGGUUGGAUGGGGAGCGACUCUAGGAAGAGUGUUGGUGGUUCCAAACUUCUAUACAGUAAAUAGUUCAAUCUUGGUUUCAUCAGACCAGAGAAUCUUGUUUCUCAUGCUCUGAUCGUCCUUUGGGUGCCUUUUGGCAAACUCCAAGUGGGUUGUCAUGUGCUUUUUACUGAGGAGUGGGUUCCGUCUGGCCACUCUACCAUAAAGGCCUGAUUGGUGGAGUGCUGCAGAGAUGGUUGUCCUUCUGGAAGAUUCUCCCAUCUCCACAGAGGAACUCUGGAGCUCUGUCAGAGUGACCAUCGGGUUCUUGGCCACCUCCCUGACCAAGGCCCUUCUCCCCCGAUUGCUCAGUUUGGCCCAGGCGGCCAGCUCUAGGAAGAGUCUUGGUAGUUCCAAACUUCUUCCAUUUAAGAUUGAUGGAGGCCACUGUGUUCUUGGGGACCUUCAAUGCUGCAGAAAUGUUUUUUACCCUUCCCCGGAUCUGCCUCGACACAAUCCUGUCUCGGAGCUCUACGGACAAUUCCUUCGACCUCAUGGCUUGGUUUUUGCUCUGCCAUGCCCUGUCAACUGUGUGACCUUAUAUAGACAGGUGUGUGCCUUUCCAAAUCAUGUCCAAUCAAUAGAAUUUACCACAGGUGGACUCCAAUGAAGUUGUAGAAACAUCUCAAGCAUAAUCCAUGGAAACAGGAUGCACGUGAGCUACAUUUCGAGUCUCAUAGCAAAGGGUCUGAAAAGUAUGAAUUUAAUCAAUUUUAGAAUAAGGCUGUAAUGUAACAAAAUGUGGAAAAAGUCAAGGGGUCUGAAUACUUUCCGAAUGCACUGUAAACCAAGUUCCCUCCUCUGGCAGAAAUAAUUGGAACAAAAAAAAAACUUUAUGGAACUAUAAAUUGAAGAUGACACCUCCAGACACUUGUCCUAGUUUUCGACUAGGCUGAGAAUCAACAACAGGGUUAUUAGAUGUACAUAUAUGAUUUUACUGUGAGUGUUCUAUAAUAAUAAUAUAUGCCAUUUAGCAGACGCUUUUAUCCAAAGCAACUUACAGUCACGCAUGCAUAAAUGUUUAUGUAUGGGUGGUCCUGGAAAGCAGACCGAGCGCCACAGAGUUGGUCCAACUCCAGUCCUAGCCUCUUAUUUCUACACAACAUAUCCAUCAUUCAGUAUCGCUGGCAAAAUGCUUGCAGGCAUUUAGAAACAUUCCAAACAGCUUUGAAUGAGUUUUUCAAUCACUUGGAAGACAAAUUGUUAGUAGUGUGAAAGUGUGAGUGGUAUUGGGUAACAACAAUAUACUUUUGUUUUGGUAAGAUUUUGCACAUUUUGUAAACAUACUUUGCAUAAUCAUUCUAAACAUGUCAAUCAUUAUGUAUUAUUCACCCAACAGAAUAGACUCCAUUGUAUGCAAACAUGGCUUGAAACCUCUAUUUAUUUUGUUCUAACAAUUUAGUUUCUAAUUAAUGUUAGAGUGUUUCUUAUCCCUUGGCGUUGACUGUCACCUUAUGUAACAUAGAAGGUGGUUCUGUGCAUUAUGAGUAACCUGAGCCCUGAAGUCUAGCGUUAGCUCUCGGAGCUAAUGCCUGGGCUUUAGCUCAGCAGGCUAACACCCUUAUCAUGGGAGAUUUUAUGCAGAUGUGAACAGUUCUCAUGGGUCUCUAACUGUUUUAGAGGAGGGAUGUCACACUCCAUUUGGGGUCUCUAGAUGUCCCACACCGACACUGUAGGAAUCUCUUCAUUAGGCCAAGCCACAGCAUAAGCAUAAGUAUAACACACACUGUUUGUUUGUGGUUUUGUCCAUCCACAGGUGGAAAACAGAUCUCAAUAGAUGAGUGCUGUAAGGAUGGUCGGGUUCGGGGCAUUGAUAACCAGGACUGCACAGUCAUCUCUCUCAUCUCUGAGUCCACCACAUGCAGGUGAGUGGGGCCUUACUACAGUACUUAAUGUACUCUCUGACUGUACAGCCUUAUUUCUAUGGUCUUACCUCUGUGCCCAUAGGGGGAACUGCUUACCUCAGUAUUAGUCCCAUGGGGUUAACUGUAAGCUGUAUAGACUAUGGGGCAAUAUGUGUGGUGGUAGGCCAUAGUGUGUGAUGACUUUACCUUACGUCCGGUCAUAAAUCCCCAGCCACAUUCUUGACUUGACGUGAGAGCAGGAGACAUUACACUAGUAUUAAUGACAGUGUAAUAACAGCUCUGGUAGUAAUAGUAGAAGGUGUCCUGCCACAGGUUCAAGGCCAAUAAUGAGGAGAUAUGUUGCUCAAUCUGCUCUCUGAUGGCAAAUGUAUUGACCUUGGCUACCCAAGUGAUCCAGAAUUAGGUUUUUGGUUGAGUGCGGGAUUGGGUAUAGGGUUUAGAGAGAGGGGGUAUUGUCAAAUCCAGGAAAUACCACUAAGGUGAAACUAUAGAGAGGACUGGAGAGGACUGGAGAGGACUGGAGAGGGGGAAGAACAGGAAAUUGGAUCAUUUCAGACACCAAAAAAAAAGACAAGAAGAGAAAAGAAAGACAGGAGCACUGCUGUGCCCUUAAAAGGUUCUGCGGAGGUGACGUGAGUGCAGUUGUCGUGGGGAGAGAUCUAGUUUAUAUGGAAAGAGAUAAUUUCUGGUAAGAGGGUUGAUAAAGACAUAUGCUUGUUGGUAGCGGAGUGGAGUGGAGAGGGGAUCUAAGUACUGUACUGUACUCAAUCUCGUAAAACAGACAAUGGGUUUCACUCCCUCCCUUUAGACAGACAGACAGAAACGGGCAGACAGACAGACACAAGCACCCCUUAACUUAUUGUACUUCCUCAGAGUAGCAGACCAUUGGAGGUAAAGCACAGCAACCCAAGUCUCAGUUGAUGAUAUGAUAAAGCUUGACUGUGUACAGUAAAGAGGUGUACUGCCUGCUCUCACUCUCAUUUUAGAUCGGAUUAUUUACAGCAGACUCAUACAGCUCUUUCUCUACCUCCGUUUUCUCCUUUGAAGUCUUACAGUACGGUAACCAUUUCUGGUUUUACUGUAAAAAGAUUAAUGAAGCCACUCCAGCUGGAGAGACAGGUCAGGUAGGUGGAUAUCACUGGUCAUCCAGCUGUGUCAGGAAGUUCUCUUAGGCUUCCUAAAUAAUCUGGUCCAGACUCAGAGAGGGAUGUAAUUCCAGUAAUGUUGUCCAGGAAAUAGGGUUACAAAAUCCAAGCAGGAUUUCUGGAAAACCUGGGAAUUUUGGGAAGGUUAACGGAAUUUUGCAACUCUGUCUAGGAAGUGUUGCAGCCCUGCAGCCCUCUGUGUCCGUCAGGGGAGGGUUAAAAUAGUGACUGUAAAUAAGGGAUUCUUAAGUUAGUUUCACUGUACCCAUAACAGUUAGUUUGGUAAGCCAAAUGGAGGCAGUGGUGCAUUGACCCAACUCUGAUAAAGUGAAGAUUAUAAACAAAGUUUUAAUCCACCUUGAGUUUACACAGGGCCUUCCUUCUUCACUCAACCCACUUACAGCAGCUGUACCAAUCAGGACUAUGAGCACGUCCCUAUUAGGCAUGCCCGUGGCUCUUUUUAAUAGGAAGCACAUUGAGACAGCGCUCUAUUCCACUAAGGAGCCUAGUGAUAGAGUUAAGAACAACUGUAUUCCCUGUGUCUUUCCUGUUCCUGUCUGACAGGAUAGUGCAGGAGCAGUGCUGCACGGCAGUUCUGGAGGACACUAUCUGCACCAAUGGCAUCAACAUGGCCAAAGACCAGGGGGCCUGCGACACACAGUUCACUGGAAGCACCUGCGAGACCAAGACUGCCAAGGUGUGUGUGUGUGUGUGUCUGUGAGAGUGUGUGUGAGAGACUGUGUGUGUGUGUGCAUAUGUGCAUACAUAGCCAAAUACUUGUGUUUACAUGCAUGUGUAUGUGUGUGUAUAAAAAGUGUGUCGGGAAGUAAUCAUUGUCUGCUUCAAGAACCUCAUGCUGAUCAUCGUACAUCACUACACUGGACGUGCAAUUUCUGCAGGAGAGUGAAUGAGAUUGAAUGUCGGUGUGUGUGUGCGUGUGUGUGUGUGCAUGCGUCCGUGUGUGUGUGUGCCUGGUGAGCAGGAUGAAUGAAACAUGUCACUCUGGGGAGGAGUGAGGAAUGGAGCUUGUUGCUGUCAGGUAGAUGAUCAAUUCACCUCAGAUACUCUCUGCCAAUGUGGGCUCUCUAUACCUGGCUGUCCUCUUCCUCAGGAUCCUACACUACACUGUAUGCCCCCAUCCAGCUGCACACCAUGGUAUCAGUCAAGGCCCUUGAAGAGCUUUGCCAAGUGAGCCACAGUACAUUUGCCCAGGAGAAUGAGGUCGUUGUUAGUGCAGCCAGCAACAUGUCUUUACUUGAUCCACCCAUGAAUUGCAGGUGUCGGGUGAUUGCAUUGAGGUGUGCUGCAUUUGAUGAAUGGGAGAAAGGAGGUACAAAAUGAGUUUAGAAUGGGGGAAGAACAAUAGUAUACCAUGGUCAUUUUUAAGCUCCCCCUAAAAUCUCUCAGUACACUACCAGACUUCCACUUUUUUUUUUUUUUGCGUUUAGCAGAUGCUCUUAUCCAGAGUGACUUACAGGAGCAAUUACGGGGUUAAGUGCCUUUCCCAAGGGCACAUAGACAGAUUUCUUACCGAGUCAGUUUGGGGAUUCGAACCAGCGACCGUUCGGUUACUGGCCCAAUGCUCUUAACCGCUAGGCUAGCUGCCACAACCGCACCACUCAAUACACAUAUUAUGACAUCCUCAAGGACAGAGAAGAUAGACAGACCAGACAGAUACACUCAAACUAGACUCCUCCCCCUAGACAAGCCCAGACGGAUUCCCUUCAGAUAAUGGUGAUUGAUGAUAGUGGUGAAGUGGUGGUGAUGAUGAUGUAAUUUCCCCCUCUCCGUCCGUCCGUCUGUCAUUCUGGUCAAAUUAUGCAUAGAAAAACAUUGAGUAAUCAUAUAUCUCUGGUCUGACCCCUCCAGAUGUGCUGUGACUGUUGUCUGCUGGGCCAGGCUGUUCAGGAGCAGGGUCUGACCUGUGACCACAGCCUGUCUCUGGGCUAUCAGUGUGGCCUGGUGUCCCGGGGCUGCUGCAAUGACGGAGCCCCUGAUGUGGAGACCAAAAACUCCCUGGGUAAGAGAAUCUACUCUAAUGCGAGGGAAGGACUAAUGGUGGAGGGUGAAGAGAAGGUGGAGUGAUGGAGGGAAGAGAGGUGGAGAAGUAAAGUGAGUGGAGAGGUGGGAGGAGGGGAACGGUGGAGUAGAGAGGUGGAGAGAGUGGAGAGAGUGGAAGGAUAUAUGGAACGCUAUUCUUUCUAGUAUACAUCCAAUACUACUCUGUCCUCUGGUGGCCAUUAGGAGACAGGGCUCUUACUGUAGUUUCAGUAAAGACCUCCAUUGUCAUGAUGCAUUGGUUUCAACACUUUAUUUGCAAACUUAGUUUUUGCCUGUACUGGUCAAUCUUCUAUUUUCUUUCCCCACAGUUUCUGACAAAGACAACGAGACCCUCACUGAUAAGGAUAACCCCUUACCGAAUAACAUGUGCAGUAACGGUAACAAGCCCUCCACACAUGACAUUGACAUGUUAGUAACAGACUGUGUCCUCACAGAGAAAGUCAGAAACAUAGGUAAUUUACUAGUCUAUGUUUGUUUAUAAUGUGCACAUUUUCUGUUCUCAACAGGAUUAGCGAAGUGUGCACAGGAAUGUGUGGGCAACUUCACCUGUGCCUGCUUCAAAGGUUACAAACUCAAACCAGAUGGGAAGAACUGUGAGGGUGAGUAGACUGGAGGCACCAGCCAUAUCUUGUUGAAAAGUUAGUGAGCUGGAAUAAAACCCUGUACAUCUAGUAGCUCCCCAGGACUAAGAUUUCUUACCUCUUAGAUACGGCUUCGAAACUAUCCUCCCCAGCACUAGGAUUUCUUACCUCUUAGAUACGGCUUCGAAACUAUCCUCCCCAGGACUAGGAUUUCUUACCUCUUAGAUACGGCUUCGAAACUAUCCUCCCCAGGACUAGGAUUUCUUACCUCUUAGAUACGGCUUCGAAACUAUCCUCCCCAGGACUAGGAUUUCUUACCUCUUAGAUACGGCUUCGAAACUAUCCUCCCCAGGACUAGGAUUUCUUACCUCUUAGAUACGGCUUCGAAACUAUCCUCCCCUCUUCCUCCCUUCAUCUCUCAGAUAUAAACGAGUGCCUGCUGGGGGCCAGUAACUGCAGAGGAGGCGAGCACUGCAUCAACACAGUGGGGUCAUUCCGUUGCCAGAGAGAGGUCAGCUGUGGUACCGGCUACGAGCUCACGGACAGCAACAACUGCAAAGGUCAGAGGUCACAACACAAUGCCUCCUACAGGGGCGAGGGAAUAAUGAAAGAUCAAUAUGUCUGAUUCAUGAUUCAUACAUCCAUGAUCAACUGGAUCUAUCUAUCUAUCGAUCUAUCGAUCGAUCGAUCUGUCUGUCUGUCUGUCUGUCUGUCUGUCUGUCUGUCUGUCUCUCUGUCUCUCUCUCUCUCUCUCUCUGUCUCUCUCUCUCUCUCUCUCUCUCUCUCUCUCUCUCUCUCUCUCUCUCUCUCUGUCUCUCUCUCUCUCUAUUCCCAAGAGCUGGUAAAAUUUACAGUAAGUCUGAUUUUGACUUGCAAUGAAGCUAUUGUUGAAUAUUUAUAAGAAUACAUUUUAAUCACAAACAGUUUGAUUCUCUCUUACAACAUGUCUUCUUUCCCCCAGACAUUGACGAGUGUGAGUCGGGCACCCACAACUGCACCCCGGACUUUGAGUGUCAGAACACUCAGGGGUCGUUCCACUGUCUGCCCAAGAACCAGUGUGGUGACGGAUACAUCCAGGACGCCAUGGGCAGCUGCAUCGGUGAGCAUCAGGACCCUGACAGAUGUUACCCUGGCAACCUAUCACCAUGGCAAAACAUAACCCCAUCCAUCCCACAUGUACCCCCAAACCCAGUAUCUUCAAAGUAUAGUUCCAAGUGUUCUCUGACAUACAUUACAUAUUUUAGGAACUCAUCAUGGUAGUGGUGGCAGGGAGGAAGGGGCACAAGGGGUUCAGUGAUAUGACCCUGUGGUGCCCUAUGUGACCCAUAUCAGAGAUGAAGAGGCGAAGCGAGAGGGCUGACUGGCCCCAAAAUCUGCCCUCGCGAGAAUAACGUGUAAAGCAGACCAAGUGGGGUCCAGUCAGCCCUCUCGCUUCGCCUCUUCAUCUCUGAUAUGGGUCACAUAGGGCACCACAGGGUCAUAUCACUGAACCCCUUGUGCCCCUUCCUCCCCGCCACCACUACCAUGAUGAGUAGUCAAAUCAAAUCAAAUCAAAUUGUAUUGGCCACAUGCGCCGAAUACAACAGGUGCAGACAUUACAGUGAAAUGCUUACUUACAGCCCUUAACCAACAGUGCAUUUAUUUUUAAUAAAAAAGUAAAAUAAAACAACAACGAAAAAGUGUUGAGAAAAAAAGAGCAGAAGUAAAAUAAAAUAACAGUAGGGAGGCUAUAUAUACAGGGGGGUACCGGUGCAGAGUCAAUGUGCGGGGGCACCGGCUAGUUGAGGUAGUUGAAGUAAUAUGUACAUGUGGGUAGACUUAAAGUGACUAUGCAUAAAUAAUUAACAGAGUAGCAGCAGCGUAAAAAGAUGGGGUGGGGGGCAGUGCAAAUAGUCCGGGUAGCCAUGAUUAGCUGUUCAGGAGUCUUAUGGCUUGGGGGUAGAAGCUGUUGAGAGGUCUUUUGGACCUAGACUUGGCACUCCGGUACCGCUUGCCGUGCGGUAGCAGAGAGAACAGUGUAUGACUAGGGUGGCUGGAGUCUUUGACAAUUUUGAGGGCCUUCCUCUGACACCGCCUGGUAUAGAGGUCCUGGAUGGCAGGAAGCUUGGCCCCAGUGAUGUACUGGGCCGUAAGCACUACCCUCUGUAGUGCCUUGCGGUCGGAGGCCAAGCAGUUGCCAUACCAGGUGGUGAUGCAACCAGUCAGGAUGCUCUCGAUGGUGCAGCUGUAGAAUUUUCUGAGGACCCAUGCCAAAUCUUUUCAGUCUCCUGAGGGGGAAUAGGCUUUGUCGUGCCCUCUUCACGACUGUCUUGGUGUGUUUGGACCAUGAUAGUUCGUUGGUGAUGUGGACACCAAGGAACUUGAAGCUCUUAACCUGUUCCACUACAGCCACGUCGAUGAGAAUGGGGGCGUGCUCAGUCCUCUUUUUUUUCCUGUAGUCCACAAUCAUCUCCUUUGUCUUGGUCACGUUGAGGGAGAGGUUGUUAUCCUGGCACCACACGGCCAAGGUCUCUGACCUCCUCCCUAUAGGCUGUCUCAUCGUUGUCGGUGAUCAGGCCUACCACUGUCGUCGGCAAACUUAAUGAUGGUGUUGGAGUCGUGCCUGGCCAUGCAGUCAUGGGUGAACAGGGAGUACAGGAGGGGACUGACCACGCAUCCCUGAGGGGCCCCCGUGUUGAGGAUCAGUGUGGCAGAUGUGUUGUUACCCACCCUUACCACCUGGGGGCGGCCCGUCAGGAAGUCCAGGAUCCAGUUGCAGAGGGAGGUGUUUAGUCCCAGGAUCCUUAGCUUAGUGAUGAGCUUUGAGGGCACUAUGGUGUUGAAUGCUGAGCUGUAGUCAAUGAAUAGCAUUCUCACGUAGGUGUUCCUCUUGUCCAGGUGGGAAAGGGCAGUGUGGAGUGCAAUCGAGAUUGCAUCAUCUGUGGAUCUGUUGGAGCGGUAUGCAAAUUGGAGUGGGUCUAGGGUUUCUGGGAUAAUGGUGUUGAUGUGAGCCAUGACCAGCCUUUCAAAGCACUUCAUGGCUACAGACGUCAGUGCUACGAGUCGGUAGUCAUUUAGGCAGGUUAUCUUAGUGUCCUUGGGCACGGGGACUAUGGUGGUCUGCUUGAAACAUGUUGGUAUUACAGACUCAGUCAGGGACAUGUUGAAAAUGUCAGUGAAGACACUUGCCAGUUGGUCAGCACAUGCUCGGAGUACACGUCCUGGUAAUCCGUCUGGCCCUGCGGCCUUGUGAAUGUUGACCUGCUUAAAAGUCUUAUUCACAUCGGCUACGGAGAGCGUGAUCACAUAGUCAUCUGGAACAGCUGGUGCUCUCAUGCAUGUUUCAGUGUUGCUUGCCUCGAAGCGAGCAUAGAAGUUGUUUAGCUCGUCUGGUAGGCUUGUGUCACUGGGAAGCUCGUGAGACGAGAGAGUGUUGAAUUUGGUCAACAUAAAAUUGAAUUGAACAUUUUCUAUAUGAGGCUUAUUUGAUCAAAUAGAAGUUUCAUAAUUUUUAGGUUGUUACGAAUGUACUGAUAUAAGUGGACUCAAGUGGCAAUUUUGAAAGAACAAUUUUAUAUCAGAGUUGGGCAUGUUGUUCACAUGUGUAUCUGCCCUCUCCUUGUCUAGAAUGUUCCCACCUACUCUGCCUCCUCCCGCCUGCCUUCCGCAUUUGUGAACAUGUAUUCCCAUUGUUAGAGCAGACAGUCCAAUGUCUUGUCAAUAUAUAGAUUAUCUUUGCCCGUAUGUAUAACCUCUGACCUCUAUCCCAGACAUCAAUGAGUGUCUGGCCCAGACAGAGCCGUGCCACCCUGGCCAGUCGUGUAUGAACACGGUGGGCUCCUUCACCUGCCAGAGGAACUCUAUCAACUGUGGCCGGGGAUACCACCUCAACGACGACGGCAACCGCUGCGUGGGUACGUACAGCUGCCUCACUUGCAUACUUAGGCCUCAUCGUGCCAGUUGGGGAUAAGGCCUCCAUAAGGUCCCUCUCCUGGGUUAUAUUAGACACCUCUUUCCAGGGGAGCCUCAACAUCCCAUGUAUACACUGCAGCGCUGAUAGACAUGGAUCUCUACCACGUUCACCUCCAUUGAUUAGCAUUAGCAACCUGAUACUGUAGCCUACAUUUCCAUGUAUUUCCUGUGACCUCACUAUCCUUUGUAAUGCAUUCUUUUGCAUAAGAAUGUGCUUGUUUCUUCCUGUAAUAUCCUGGUGCAGAUAUUGAUGAGUGUAAGGGUCCUGAUGGAGCGUGUGCAGGCCACAGCUGUAUCAACCUGGUAGGAUCGUUCCGUUGUGAGUGUAAGGCUGGCUUCAUCUUCAACAGCAUCCGCCGCCUCUGCGAAGGUAUGCACUGACUUAAUCCUCCUAGUAGUUACAUGACAGUGUAAUGUCAGUUGACAUAAGCAGGACGCCAACAGUCGUGACUGUUUAUGACAUUUGUUAUGUCAUUGUUAUCACAGUGUUAUGUAGGUCUUAUGACAAAGGGUUCAAGUUAAAUGUCACCCAAGACUGGGUGGCUGUUAUACUAUAAUAUAUUUAAGCCAUAAGGCACGAGGGGGUGUGGUAUAUGGCUAAAAUACCACGGCUAAGGGAUGUUCUUAUUCACGACGCAACGUGGAGUGCCUGGACACAGCCCUUAGCCGUGGAAUAUUGGCCAUAUACCACAAACCCCAGAGGUGCCUUAUUUCUAUUAUAAACUAGUUACCAACGUAAUUAGAGCAGUAAAAAUAAAUGUUGUCAUACCCGUGGUAUACGGUCUGAUAUACCACGGCUGUCAGCCAAUCAGCAUUCAGGGCUCGAACCACCCAGUUUAUAAAAUAUAAUAAUAUAUGCCAUUUAGCAAAUGCUUAUAUCCAAAGCAACUGACAAACAUGCGUGCAUAUAUUUUUUAACGUAUUGGUGGCCUCCGGAAUCGAACCCACAAUCCUGCCGUUGCAAGCGCCAUACUCUACCAACUGAGUCAUACAAGAUCAGGAUACUGGAUACAGUCAUCUGUGCUUGGUUCUGUAGAUGUGUCAUACAGGACAAGGAUACUGGAAACUGCUCCAACUGUAGAUGUUCAACUUAGUGUUGUUUUCUUCUGUGUCUUAGAUAUCAACGAGUGCAGGCACUACCCUGGGCGCCUCUGUGCCCACAAGUGUGAGAAUGCCCUGGGGUCCUACAAGUGCAUCUGCACCCAAGGCUUCAAGCUGGCCAGCGACGGCAGGAACUGUGACGGUAAGGCAGCCUUCCAAAGAUAACAGAGGUAUUUAAAUAUGGGCUUCUCUCAUUGGCCGUCUCUUGUUUUGCCUUACUGAAGUUUGUGGUCAUGUCUCUCUCUCUCUCUCUCUCUCUCUCUCUCUCUCUCUCUCUCUCUCUCUCUCAAGAUCAUGUGCAGCAUUUUUUAUUUUAUUUCUUUAUUCAGCCUUUAUUUUGACAGGUCUCUUUUUAAAAGAUAUACACAUCAAUACACUACGAAAAGCAGAACAGAGACACAAAACACUUUGUUAGCAUAUGUCAGCAUUUUUUUUUACGUUUGGAAAGAAAUAGCACCUCUUGUGUGCACUGCCGGUAAUACCGUAUACUCCAAGACAGGAACGGUAUGAAGAUAUGGAAAGGCACCAAAACAUCACAGUUUUUGAGAUUAUUCCACAAGUAAGGUGCAAAAAAACUAAAAGCAGAUUUACCUAACUCAGUGGAAAUCGAAGGGAUCUCCAGAGUUAGCCAUCCCUGAGACCGGGUCUGGUAGCUCGUACAUCUGUAGGUUAACAAUGAAGUAAGGUACGGUGGAAGUUUGUGUAAGAGGGCUUUAUAAACAGAAAGAGUGCAAUGCGUCAAUCUACGAGACCUCAAAGAGGGCCAGCCUACUUUCUGAUACAGAAAGCAGUGAUGUGUACUGAACUUGUCGCCCUUAAUAAAGCAUAGUGCGCUAUGAUAAACUGUGUCCAAUGGCUUCAAUACAGUGGCAGCUGCAUUCAUAUAGACGAUAUCACCAUAAUCUAUAACCGGUAUGAAUGUCGACUGAAUUAUUAGUUUUCUGUUAUUUAACAAAAGGCAUGCCAUAUUGCUAUAAAGAAAGACCAUUUUAAUUAUUAACUUCUUAACUAACUCAUCAAUAUGCUUUUUGAAAGUAAGCUUUUCGUCAAUCCAGAUACCCAGAUAUUUAUAAGCGGGGACACGAUCUAUGUGGGCCUAGAGAAGGUUUACACUCCCUUUGCACAGUUUUCACAUUUUGCUGUCUUCAAAUUAAAUCAAAAAAUGGAUUAAUUUUCUACCGGUGUACACAACCUACACAUUUUCAAAGUGCAAGAAAAAUUAUAGAACAUUUUCCAAAUUAAUAAGAAAUACAAAACAAAGAUUUCUUGAUUGCAUACAGUGAGGGAAAAAAGUAUUUGAUCCCCUGCUGAUUUGCAAGAUCUCACCUCGUGGAGUUGCAAUGAUCAUGAGAACGGUGAGGAAUCAGCCCAGAACUACACGGGAGGAUCUUGUCAAUGAUCUCAAGGCAGCUGGGACCAUAGUCACCAAGAAAACAAUUGGUAACACACUAUGCCGUGAAGGACUAAAAUCCUGCAGCACCCGCAAGGUCCCCCUGCUCAAGAAAGCACAUAUACAGGCCCGUCUGAAGUUUGCCAAUGAACAUCUGAAUGAUUCAGAACUGGGUGAAAGUGUUGUGGUCAGAUGAGACCAAAAUCGAGCUCUUUGGCAUCAACUCAACUCGCCGUGUUUGGAGGAGGAGGAAUGCUGCCUAUGACCCCAAGAACACCAUCCCCACCGUCAAACAUGGAGGUGGAAACAUUAUGCUUUGGGGGUGUUUUUCUGCUAAGGGGACAGGACAACUUCACCACAUCAAAAGGGACGAUGGACGGGGCCAUGUACCGUGAAAUCCAAAUCUUGGGUGAGAACCUCCUUCCCUCAGCCAGGGCAUUGAAAAUGGGUAGUGGAUGGGUAUUCCAGCAUGACAAUGACCCAAAACACACGGCCAAGGCAACAAAGGAGUGGCUCAAGAAGAAGCACAUUAAGGUCCUGGAGUGGCCUAGCCAGUCUCCAGACCUUAAUCCCAUAGAAAAUCUGUGGAGGGAGCUGAAGGUUCGAGUUGCCAAACGUCAGGCUCGAAACCUUAAUGACUUGGAGAAGAUCUGCAAAGAGGAGUGGGACAAAAUCCCUCCUGAGAUGUGUGCAAACCUGGUGCCAACUACAAGAAACGUCUGACCUCUGUGAUUGCCAACAAGGGUUUUGCCACCAAUUACUAAGUCAUGUUUUGCAGAGGGGUCAAAUACUUAUUUCCCUCAUUAAAAUGCAAAUCAAUUUAUAACAUUUUCGACAUGCGUUUUUCUGGAUUUUUGUUGUUGUUAUUCUGUCUCACUGUUCAAAUAAACCUACCAUUAAAAUUAUAGACUGAUCAUAUCUUUGUCAGUGGGCAAACGUACAAAAUCAGCAGGGGAUCAAAUACUUUUUUCCCUCACUGUAUAUCUUUACACCCCAGAGUUAAUACUCUGUGGAAACACCUUUGGCAGCCAUUACAAUAAUUUUGAAUAAGAAUCUACCAAUUUUGCACAACUCAAAGGGCAACGUAUAUCUAUUGUUUUUGUCAAAAUUGCUCAAACUCAAUAAAUUUGGUUGGGAGUCAUUGAUGGACAACAAUAUUCAAACCUUGUUUCUUGAUUUUCAAGCAGAUUUAAGUCAGGACAGGCUUUCCAAGAGGUAUUGAGUGUUCCUGAGUGGUCCAGUCUCAUUCCUGACUUAAAUGUGCUUGAAAAUCAGAGACAAGGUUUGAAUAUUGUGGUCCAUCAAUGACUCCCAACCAAAUUUACUGAGCUUGUGCAAUUUGACAAAAACAAUGUAUACAUGUUGCCCCAAGAGUUGUGCAAAGUUGGUAGAAUCGUAUUCAAAAUUAGUCACAACUGUAAUGGCUGCCAAACAUGCUUCCACCAAGUAUUAAAGAAGACAUACGCAAUCAAGACAUUUUCGUUUCUUUAUUUGUAAUUAAUUAGGAAAAUGUUCGAUAAUUUUUCUUUCACUUUGAAAAUGUGGAGUAGGUUGUGUAGAUCGGUGGGAAAAUAAUCCAAUUAAUUCCCUUUUAAGGCAGCAAAUGUGAAGUCUGUGCAAGGGGUGUGUAGACUUUCACUAUGACUGUCCAUAUGCAUAAAUCAUCAGAUACAUUGUGUAUAGAUCACUAGUAUUAUCUCUAAUUGAGUUAUAUUGUUGGGUGUAGAUCUAAAUGAAUGUGAGAGCAGCCCCUGCAGUCAAGAGUGUGCCAACGUGUACGGCUCCUACCAGUGCUACUGUCGCCGUGGCUACCAGCUCAGUGACAUAGAUGGCAUCAACUGUGAAGGUAGGAGAUGCUAAAACGGUAUCCGAUGAGCCAUAGCCUACUGUCAAACCUAAUCAGGAGCCCCAUUAGUGAGGUAUUUAUUGUCUUUACUUCCUGUAUCCUUUACAUCCUCCAUGUUUGACCUCUGAUCUUUAACCUCUGACCUUUCCAGACAUUGAUGAGUGUGCCCUGCCCACCCGGGGUCACAUCUGCUCCUACCACUGCCACAACACCCCUGGGAGCUUCCACUGCAUCUGCCCCGCCACCGGCUACAUCCUGGCUCCCAACGGACGCAGCUGCCAGGGUAAGGCCUUGCUCCUCAGGGGGGUGCAGGGAUCCACAGCAUGGGGGUCAUGGUCAUACUUCAGAUCAGAAGAAAUAUAGUAACAGUGAUAAUUCGGUGAACACACUCGCGUAACGAGUGACCUUGCCUGAGAUUUGAAAACGUACAGUGCCUUCGGAAAGUAUUCAGACCCCUUAUUCUAAAAUGUAUUAAAUACAUUUUCUUCCUCAUCAAUCUACACACAAUAACCCAUAAUGACAAAGCCAAAACAGAUUUUUAGAAAUGUUGCUACUUUAUAAAAAAUACAAAAACAAAAAAUCACAUUUACAUAAGUAUUCAGACCCUUUACUCAGUACUUUGUUGAAGACCUUUGGCAGCGAUUACAGCAUUACAGUCUUCUUGGUUAUGACGCUACAAGCUUGGCACAUCUGUAUUUGGGGAGUUUCACCCAUUCUUCUCUGCAGAUCCUCUCAAGCUCUGUCAGGUUGGAUGGGGAGCGUUGCUGCACAGCUAUUUUCAGGUCUCUCCAGAGAUGUUCGAUCGGGUUCAAGUCCGGGCUCUGGCUGAGCCACUCAAGGACAUUCAGAGACUUGUCCUGAAGCCACUCCUGCAUUGUCUUGGCUGUGUGCUUAGGGUCGUUGUCCUGUCGGAAGGUGAACCUUCGCCCCAGUCUGAGGUCCUGAUCGCUCUGGAGCAGCUCAGUUUCGAGUCUCAAAUCAAAGGGUCUGAAUACUUAUGUACAUUUGCAAACAUUUCUAAAAAACUGUUUUUGCUUUGUCAUUAUGGGGUGUUGUGUGUAGAUUGCUGAGGAUUUUUAAAAAUAUGUAAUACAUUUUAGAAUAAGGCUGUAACGUAACAAAAUGUGGAAAAAGUCAAGGGGUCUGAAUACUUUCUGAAUGCACUGUAUGUUAGCUCCCUGAGCUAAUGCCUAGGCUUUAGAUUAGCGGUCUAACACAUUCUCUUGGCACGCAGGAGACUGAGGUUUGAACCCAGGUUUUAUGUUUGAUAUAAAGGAUUUUCUAUUUUUAUGGUUCUGAGUUUAUUUGUUUCUCUUCCUGUACAGAUGUUGAUGAGUGUGUGACAGGGACACACACCUGCUCUGAGACAGAGAGCUGCUUCAACGUGCAGGGUGGAUUCAGAUGCCUGUCAUUCGAGUGUCCACCCAACUACCGCCAAACAGGGGAGACGUGAGUACCUACCUACCUGAGGUCACUUUCUCAAAUACUGGGGGUAUAUAUAUCUGUUUUAAGUUCACAUACCCAUACUUGGGUCCUAAAUAGUAUCGAAAUUCUAGUAUAUUUUAAAUGCCCGGAUGUCAUACUCAUUUCGGUUUUGACAACAGCUGAUCAAUUAGAUAUGGGGAUGCGCUACCGAAAUCAACGAAUAGUGGGAAACAACGCAAUCGUGCAUGAUGCAGUCUCAGUAUGCGAAAAUAGAAUGAGUUAUAGUAUGUACAUUUUUGAAAAUCGAGUAUGGUAUAAAUGCCAGGAUGUUAUACUAAUUUCGGCUCUUCAUCUAGUAGAAUUCGAUGCACACUUUCCCACAAGGUGGGCUGCGAGUGAUAGGCCCUAGUUCUCUUCAAGUAGCCAGACAACAAAACUAGGCUACUUAAUUGGGAAGAUGCCGAAUAGCGAAGCUUCUGCGGUGGUGUUCAAAUGUAGGCAAAGUAGUUUUUGUUCUCCUUAAAAUGAUCACGAGUAUUGCAUCUUAAGUUACAGCUUUGAAAACAGAAGUAAAUAUAUUUUUUUAACCGAAAGUGGAUUUCUGUUUUCUAAUUGAAAAAUGUUUAUUGUUCUCUUGGCCUUCAUCCGAGCUUUAAAACUAAAUUCUAAACCAUCUUUUGUUUUCUGAAUGCGUCGGCACCGGGGACUCGGGAUGUGGCUGCAGUAUUGAUUUCAUGUUAAUCUUUUGAUUUGAACAUAUGGAUUGUUUUAGUUUUGUAGGCAAAUGUAUUAUUUAAUUUAUGGAUCAAGCCUUAGCAGUCAUUCUGAUCUCGUUCCCAAUGAUCAGUGCUUUAGUUUAUUAUGUUGAUGUUCAACUGUUCUGGAUUUGCAAUGCACCCAACUGCCCACGUUUUUCUGUCCAAUAGCCUUUUGAUUUGAACAUCUGAAAUGUUUUGGUGUGUGUACUAGACUAUUUAAUUGAAUUUAUAUACAGUACCAGUCAAAAGUUUGGACACACCUACUAUUUCGAGGGUGUUUCUUUAUUUUGACUAUUUUCUACAUUGUAGAAUAAUAGUGAAGAAAUCAAAACUAUGAAAUAACACAUAUGGAAUCAUGUAGUAACCAAAAGAGUGUUAAACAAAUCAAAAUAUAUUUUAUAUUUGAGAUUCUGCUAAGUAGCCACCCUUUGCCUUGAUGACAGCGGCGUCUCCAGUCACGCCUGCGACAUCGCAGGAACCUCGCCUACCACCUCCGGAGAGGUAUGACGGACGUCCAGAGGGCUGCAGGGAAUUCCUCACCCAGUGUUCCCUGGUAUUCAGCCUACAACCCUCCUCCUUCCCGACGGAGCAGGUCCGGGUGGCCUACAUCAUCACUCUGUUGACGGGUCGGGCCCUUUCCUGGGCUACCGCGGAGUGGGAGAGCCAAACUCUGGCAUGCUCCGACUCCUACCAAUUCACCCGGGAGCUACGCAAGGUGUUCGACACCUCUCGAGUGGUGUCAGGGCACGAGGCGGCUCACGGCCUGUCGGCAGGGUGACCGUUCGGCGGCGGACUACUCCGUGGAGUUCUGGACCCGGGCUCGAGAGGCAGGAUGGGAGGAGGCCGCCCUGGUCGUCCUUUAUGCACAGGGGCUAUCGGAGAGGAUGAAGGACGAACUCUCCUUCCUCGGGCACCCCUGGCUGGUCGCCCACAAACCCUGGAUAGACUGGUCCACAGGGUAGCUCAUCCUGGAGGGAGGCUCCGCCCCCGUCCUGUUCCGGUCUCCACCGACCACUCAUCAGCCCAAACCACCGUUCCAGACCACCUACCAGUCCUCACCUCUUCCCCAGAUCCCGUACUCCGAACCGCCUACCGUCCUAGCAGCGGUUGCCACCGGGAGGACGGCGGCUACAGACUCCGUCACCGGCCCAGACCUGGCAGGCAUUCCCCGGGAGUAUUGGGAGGUGUUUAGUAAGAGGUGUGCCAAGGGCCUACCUCCUCACUGGCCAUACGACUGCGCUAUCGAUCUCCUGCCGGGCGCCAUAUCCACACGAGGGCGAUUGUUUUCCUUGUCCCAGCCGGAGACGCUGGCCAUGAGGGAGUAUAUCGACGAGGCACUCGUCGAGGGUCACAUCCAUCCCUCUACCUCACCCGUGGGCGCGGGCUUCUUCUUUGUGGGGAAAAAGGACGGUGGGCAGCGGCCGUGCAUUGAUUACUGGGCGCUCAACGACAUCAUGGUUAAGAACCGCUACCCACUCCCCCUGAUGACGACUGCAUUCGAGUAGUUGCAGGGAGCCUGGGUCUUCACCAAGCUGGACUUAUGCAAUGCCUAAAACCUGGUGAGGAUUCGGGAGGGGGACGAGUGGAAGACGGCUUUUAACACACCCAGUGGGCAUUACGAGUACCAAGUCAUGCCGUUCAGUCUAGCCAACAUGCCUGCAGUGUUCCAGGCGUUGGUCAAUGACAUGCUCCGGGACCUCCUCGACUACAGCGUCUUCGUGUAUUUGGAUGACAUCCUAAUAUUUUCAAAGGACAUGAGUGAACACCAGCAGCACGUUCGGCAGGUCCUCCAACGCCUUCUCUGUAACCAGCUCUACGUCAAGGUGGAGAAGUGCGUGUUCCACACAGAGACAGUCUCCUUCCUGGGGUUCAUCGUCAACCAAGGGGACCUACGGAUGGACCCAACCAAGGACAGCGCGGUACUGGAUUGGCCUCAUCCCUCAAGCAUCUACAACGUUUUUUAGGGUUCACAAAUUUUUAUAGCCGAUUUAUUCACAAGUUUAGCUUCCUAGCCGCUCCCCUGACAGCCCUCACCCAGACAAGCGUGCGCUCCUUCGCCUGGACCCGGGAAGCGGGGAACGCAUUUGAUGCGCUUAAGCGGCGCUUUACAUCGGCCCCAGUCCUAGGUCAUCCUGAUCCGUCCCUGCCGUUCAUUGUGGAGGUGGAUGCGUCAGACGUUGCGGUGGGAGCAAUCCUGUCCCAGCGGUUCCUCAUGGAUGGUAAGAUUCACCCCUGUGCGUUUACUCCCGUUGGAUGUCCCCGGCGGAGCAGAAUUAUGACGUGGGGAACCAUGAGUUGCUAGCGGUUAAGCUCGCCCUGGGGAGUGGAGGCAUUGGCUAGAGGGGGCCGCCCAUCCAUUCGUCGUAUGGACGGACCAUAAGAACUUACAUUCAGGGUGCCAAGAGGCUCAACUUGGGCCAGGCCAGGUGGGCGUUGUUCUUCACCAGGUUCCGGUUUACCAUCUCAUACCGUCCGGGGUCGAAGAACACCAAGCCUGAGUCGCUCACCUGGCAGUUCGACCCCAUUGUCCCCAACGCCCUGAUUGCUGCCCCAAUUUCGUGGGGAAUCGAUAGGCUGGUCAGAGCAGCGCUACGGCGGGAGCCCAAUCCGGGUGGAGGUCCAUCGGGGAGGAUGUACGUACCCAAGGCUGCGCGCUCGCGACUGCUUCAGUGGGCGCACACGUCCGACAUCAUCAGCCAUCCGGGGGGCGCCAGGACGUUGGAGUUCCUGCGUAGGAGGUUCUGGUGGCCAUCUGCUGAGGGGGAUACGCGCGCCUUCAGGGUCGGCCCUAUAGUGUGGAUCAGGCACAAGUUAUUUUACGGCCACUGCUCUACAGUGUAUAGACAACCCCAACCUCAUCUCCAACCCCUACCUCUGUAUUGAAGCUGUGCAUGCCCAAUGUUGAUGCAUACUGCUUCAGUUAGGAUUCAGUUAAAGCAUGUUCUGUUAUAUGCAGUGUUAAUGCAGGCAGUUGAAUGAGGAAAUGUAAUACUAUGCUUUGAUAUGUUCUUGCAUGACCCUACAGUGGGCAGAGUGACACAUGUCGUUCCACAGAAACACAUGAGGCUCUUGAUUCUGAUGUGACUUUGUCCCUACCCACCUAGCCCCACCCAGCUAGCAGCAUGCCAUGCACGGCAAAUCAAACUUAUACCUCUCUAUUUUCUCUGUUUCUCUGUUUGUUCUAUCUGUUCGUCUUUGUCUUGUCUUGUUCUGUCCUGUCUCUGGCCCCUCUCUUUCCUUACUGUCCUUGUGAACGCUUGCUUUGCAAUCAGACUAGUGAAUGCCUGGCCUCGCCUCUGAGAAUAACCUAUUACCAACUCACCUUCCCCACCAACAUCCCUGUGCCAACCAACGUCUUUCGCAUGGGCCCAUCCAACACCGUGUCCGGAGACCAUGUCCAGAUUGCCAUCGUCGGUGGCAACGAGGGCAGCUUCUUCAGCGCUCAAAGAGUGCCUUCUGGUGGCGUGAUGGCUGUGGCGGCCCAUCACUGA